UCGGAUCCGAAUCAGGUUCCUCAUUUAUCUCCGUCAUUACCCGAAUUUGCCGGCAAGGUUGCAUAAUCCCUAAUCCAAAACUGUUUCGUCGAUUUUGGGGAUUAUAAAAAAAUAUCCGGAACAAGGUCAUCGUCGUGGAUUUGUAGAUCAUCAUGGAGUUCUCUUUGGUCGCCGAUACAGUCACACUCUUUACGGCUAAGCAAGGUAUCGUGUUUGGCAAAUCUCUCCUUCAAAGGUUGGAUUUGGCCAAUCAUAUUUCCUUCGCCGAUUCCGCCGUCGAUCAUCAAUCUCCCGGUGGAGGAAUCGUUCAAGCAUCGGCGAUUAUCUUUCCCGUUGACGCACUCGCUCCCCCUCCGGUCAGAUCUAGCUCGUAUAAGACCAUCCGCCGGAUCCGUAAGAAGCGACGUACGAGGCGAGUUUCCUUUGGCGGUGAUGGAGACGAUGUUGGAGAUUUUGGUCGGUUUUUGUUGGAAGGUGAUUUCGGUGGUGACGACGGUCCAUUCGGAUUUGGAGGAGGAGGAGGAAACGAUGGAGGUGGAAAGGGAUGGAACUACGGCGGCGGUGGCGGUGGUUUCGGGAGGGAGAAUUGGGACGAGUCGUCGUUUUCGUCUUGGUCGGAUCCAGCAAUGGAGUUCGUGUAUGAAGUGAUUUGCUGGAUCGCGUUGUCUAACUGUGUGCACUUCGCCUUCAAGAGGAUAGCGAGGAUCGUGACCGACGGUGAAAGGGAGAAGUUGAACAUCACAUUAUCUCCGGUGUGCUGACAAAUUUGUGGUCGUAGUGUGAAGUGUGAUUGAGAUCCCUGCCUGGUUUUAGAUUCUUAAUCUCAUUUCCAAUUAUAUUAUAUGAUCGAUCCGUGUGUAUAUAUAUUUAUAUACAUUGUACAUAUAUUUUUAAUUUCCUUUGCAAAUCAUCUUUUAGAUUUCUAUAA